UUCGUUUACACUUUUACUCGAUCGACUCAAGGAAAGCUUUAAGUGUUCCACUAAAUCGUCUCCGUUCAGUCAGUAAGCAGUUAACUAAGUGUCGUGUGCCGUGGUACUUUUGUGUCGUGAAAUCUCUGUGAAGUCUCGUGCUCCGGUGUCCGUCUCGCAUGCUUAAGGUGCUGUCGAUCGUUGCAGUGGGAGUACCUCGUCGCCAGCAUCGGCCCCGGCGUCACCGGCAUCCGUGAGGUCCUGGUCGGUAGACUUCUCCAGCGCCUCGCCGGAAGACCUCGAUCGGGACAGCAGCGACAGUCACGGUGCGGGCCGUACUCCACCACUACCGUUGGCCAAGUUCUUGGAUCAGCAGGAAGCAGCCCUAAAAGUGCCGCCGGAGGGAAAGAAAACCGACAAGUCUUUGCCAACGACACCCGGUACCCUGGCCAAUGCACUCGGUUCGACCGUAACUCGAUUAGUGUGCCCGUCGGUGGACAUCUUCCAGACGCUCCUCGAUAUCCGGACCGCGGAACCGCGAAAUCGGUCGUUGUCGCUGACCGGCAACGGAACAAGCGUUUCCACGGGUCACAGCGUCGCCGCCCAUUCGGACCCUGGGACGCCUGCAUCACGCAGGAUGCCCACGCAAACGGCUGACCCGCAGACCACUAGCGAUCCGGAGGUGGUUAGAGCGAUGGCGACCCUGGCGGUUCCGGAAUCCAUGGACGACGAGCCACAGGGGAGCGGGGACGAAAUGGAAGAGAUAGACCCCGACCAGGAGGAUGCAGGUAACUCCGGAGGCGGCGACGGCCAACUACGGUGCACUCCCGACUGGAGCGAAAAUGCCAUUUCCGGGGAGCAUCUCUGGGCGCCGGCUUCCGUGUCCGGCGAGUGCUGCAGUCUGGGUGAGAGUGAGUGUACGAGGCACGGGACGCGGUUCAAGUGCUCCGCGUGCAAAAACACCGUCCACAUCAACUGCAUUCCGGCGCUGGCGGAGAAGGAGCAGCUGCGGUGUAAGCCAACGUUUCGGGACGUCGGCGUGCGGCAGUACCGCGAGAAGACGACGACCACGCACCACUGGGUGCCGCGGCGGGCGGAGAAGGGCAAGUGCAAGGCGUGCAGUAAGGCCCUGCAAGCCAAGCUGUCGUUCUCGUCGAAGGAGAUCGUCGCCCUGACCUGCGCCUGGUGUAAGGCUUCGUACCACAACAAGGAAUCCUGCUUCACCUCGCAGCGGCUGGACGAAGAGUGCUCGCUUGGCAUCCACAGUGGCAUCGUGGUGCCUCCGUCGUGGAUAGUGAAGCUCCCGCGCAAGGGAGACUUCAAGUCGUCGCUCCGCAAGACACCGCAGAAGAAGCGAAAGAGCUCCAAGGACGCGGCCGCCAGCAAGGAACCGCGCGCGUUUGCGAUCAAACCGAUCCCCACGGCCAACGUUACGCCGGUGUUGGUGUUUAUUAAUCCCAAGUCCGGCGGGAAUCAGGGUGCUAAGCUGCUGCAGAAAUUCCAAUGGCUGCUAAAUCCUCGACAAGUAUUCGACCUAACCCAGGGCGGACCCAAGAUGGGACUGGAGCUUUUCCGGAAGGUACCUCAGCUGCGGGUGCUGGCGUGCGGUGGCGACGGUACGGUCGGCUGGGUCCUGUCCGUACUGGAUCAGAUUAACUUUCUGCCCCCACCGGCCGUCGGUGUCCUGCCUCUCGGCACCGGCAACGAUUUGGCCCGGGCCCUCGGCUGGGGUGGUGGCUACACGGACGAGCCGAUCGGUAAGAUCCUGGACAACAUCGGGAACUCCGAUACGGUGCUGCUGGAUCGGUGGUCCCUGAAGGUGGAACCGAACACGUCCGCAACGAACGUGGCCGACGGCAAAGACAAUCUGCCCCUGAACGUGGUCAAUAACUAUUUUUCGCUCGGCGUUGACGCUCACAUCGCGCUGGAGUUCCACGAAGCCCGAGAGGCCCACCCGGAGAAGUUCAACUCUCGGUUGCGUAACAAGAUGUUUUACGGCCAGGCCGGUGGCAAGGAUCUGCUGAAGCGCAAGUGGAAAGGAUUGGCCGAGUUUGUGACGCUCGAGUGCGACGGCAAGGACCUGACGCCCAAGCUGAAGGAGCACAAGGUGCACGCGAUAGUAUUUCUGAACAUUCCAAGCUACGGUGGUGGAACCCACCCGUGGAACAAAUCCGGUGGCCAGUUCGAACCGUCCACGGACGACGGUAUGAUAGAGGUGGUUGGGUUGACGACGUACCAGCUACCGUUGCUACAGGCGGGUGGCCACGGGACCUGCAUUGCCCAGUGCAAGUCCGCCAAGAUCGUCACGUCCCGCACGAUACCGAUGCAGGUGGAUGGCGAGGCGUGCAAACUGAAGCCAUCCAGCAUCGAGCUAACGCUGCUGAAUAAGGCUGUGAUGCUGGCCAAGAAGAAACCGGGUCGAGCGAAUGUGAUGCAAGAGAAGCUAGAGUCCCUUAACCUGAGUCUGAUGAAAAUUAUGCUGGGCAACUACGAGCAGCACCACUACGACAAGGAUCGGUUGCGUCAGUCGGCGGUCUCGCUGGGAACGCUGGAGGUACCCGUGACCGACCUCGAACAGAUCCGGGUGCUCAUCAACAAGUACUGCAACGACCUGCCGGACAGCCCGAAGCUGUCCCCCGACUGGUGUUUCAUCGAUUCAUGCACCGCCGAGCGGUUCUUCCGGAUCGAUAGGGCGCAGGAAAAUUUGCAUUACAUCACCGACAUAGCGAACGAGUGCGUGUUCGUGCUGGACCAGGAAAGCCCAACGUUGCCCCACACACCGGAAGCGGAACAGGAAUCGAACGUGGAUUCGGGUGAACCACAAUCGCCGGGCGUUAACUCGCUGAACCGCUUGGUGGCCAGCCAACAGCACGCGGCAGAAUCUCGCUCAUCGCCAACGAUCGCCAACAUUCCGUCACGCAAAGAAUCUCCAGGAUCCCACAGCUCCCGCGAGGUGCAGGGAUCGGAACAGUCGCAGAGUGGAAUCGACAACGAAACUCGGCUGGAGCAGAUGGUCAAUUUUAAAAGCUUCCACGAACGUUUAUUCGGCCUUAGUGAGGAUGCUUUUGGCUUCAGCAAUUUGCUGGAGAAAACAACGGACGCAGUAAUAAAGGCAGCCAAAGCAAGUGACCUGGUGUUGCUGACGGACCUGCAUCUACAAGGCUACUCGCUGCUGUCGAUCGACGCCACGGGUCAGACGGCCCUGCAUCACGGGGCACGCUGUGGCCACAAGGACAUCGUUCGCUACAUCAUUUCCUACGCUCCCAGCUCGAUCAUCAACAUGAUCGAUAAUGAAUCAGGCCAAACAGCGCUGCACAAAGCGGCCGCUAGCAAGCAGCGAAGCAUAUGCUACAUGCUAAUCGCGGCCGGUGCCAGCCUCAGCAUUCAGGACAAUAACGGCCGGACGGCGCGCAUGUUGGCCUCCGACGUGGACGAUUUCGAACUAGCCUUGUAUCUGGAAAAUCAGGAACAGUUCCAGCUGUUGGACCACCGGAGCAGUGCCUCGUGAGAAGUGCAGCCUAACGUGUUUCUUCACAACUGCUUCGAAGUAGUCCACCAUUUGAAACUUCUCUCCUAAUGCUGCCGCUGUAAACUCCGUUGCCGUGUAGAAUCUCGUGUUAUUUAAUGUUACUACUUUCUCAGCCAACCGACCCGUUGGGGGCAACAACAACCGUCCAUGACUCCUCCUUGCCGUCACACGUUAGCAGUAAGCGCGAGAAAGGCUCACGGGAAUCGUUCGAACCAGUCACCGGAUAAUCCCCGCGAGAGUUUAUUUAUUAAAACUGUUGGCUAGCGAUGUACCUACUACUACAAGGUUUGAAGCGAGAAGCACGGCUUUGUUUUUAACUUUAUUAUUUUAACCCUACAUUGAUCUGUGAAGACAUUUAAAGGCGGGCUUCUCGUGUAUUACUUAAUUUUUAGAUGAACCACACAAAAGAUACGGUCACUUUAUAUCGGAGACCAUUUUAUAUGUUACUAGAGCAAAAACAGUAUGCAAUUUUCAGUAUCACGUUUUAUGUGUAUUUUCGUUUCACGUUGAAUUAGCAAAGAUCGGGACCACCAAAAAGGCGAACGCAAGCAAUGGAUCGACGAAAAGGAUUAAACUGCUAAAAGACAUCACUAUUUAUUAGAUACCCGUUGAUGUAAGAUGAAUUUUUAA